AUGGCCUUUGUCAUGAGCUUGUCCAAUGAAGAGGUUGAGCUUUCGGAAAGCGAGAGUGAGGAGAAUCAUGAUCUAAGUUUGGUGACUGCGAAACGGUUCAAUUGCGAUGAUCUUUACAUGAGUGAGAGUGAGGGUUCUGAUUAUGAGUUAGCUCUUGAUGGUCAGUCCUACUUGAUGGAUGAAGUGGGGUUAGUGGAAAGUGCUCUUUUUGAACUAAGCCAUGAGCAUCAUCUUCAAGUGCAGGAGGAUAUCAGGAGUCAACUUUCAGCGCUAGAGACAGAAUUCAUGACUGAGCAGGAAAAGUCUGCAUCUGCAUUAGCUCGAAUAGAGAAGUAUAGGGAAGCAAGAAAGGAAUUGGAAAGAAAACUUGAUACUCAGUAUCAGCGCAAAAUUGCAGAGGCUCUUGACAAUCAUUUGACUGCCAUUCAGCAAGAUCAUGAAUUAAAAUCACAAAUAGAAGAAAGGAGAAUAAGAAGUGAUGCAGCUCAUGAAGAGGCCAGGAGAAAAGAAAGGGCCCUUCAAGAGGAAAGAUUGCGGCAAGAAAGAGCUAGAGCUAGAGCAGAAGCAGAGGCCAAACUUAGAGCUGAGGAAGCAAAAAUGGCUGCUUUAGAAGCAGAGAGGAGAGCAGCAAAAGAAGCAGUUGAAAAGGAAGCUGCUGAAGCCUCAAAAAGGAUGGGCACUGUAGCCUUGCAACAGGAGGCUGCCAAACCCCAACUAAACACUGAUUCCUCAAAUACAAACCUUCAACCCCAGGGGUCUGGAUCUGAUAGAACUAAGAAAUCACAAGCAACUGGUGAUGUUGUGAGGGCUGCACAAAGCGCUCUUACUUUAGAGCAGGGAAGAUUGCAAAAGCUUAAAGAGCUUGAAGAAGCAAACCGGACAUUGAUAAUGAGUUCUAAUAUGGAUUUUGCCAACCACGAGAGGCAUAUUGCAAGGUUGAUUAGACAAAUAAGGGGGAUAAAAGAGAACGUUAGAGUAAAGGCAAGUGAGCUUGUUAAGAUUUUAAAGAAUCCUUCAUGCCCUCAGUCAAUCAGUGUUGCGGCAUUUGCAAAGAAGUUACAAGCUUUGAACAACAUAAGCUUUUCUCCAUGUAUACCGUUCAAACCUGAUCUUGGGUCUGAACAAUUACAACUGAAAGCUAAAGAUAAAGUGUGGCAUACAACUGAUCAUAAUUGCAUACUCAUUGUUGUUUCCCAUUGUGAAAGUCCUGAUAAUGCUGCUUUUGCAUGUGGACAUGUCAUUGUUCUUGUUACUUCACAGGUCCCACAAGCAAUGGAUCUUCUUCUUGCUGAGUUCCAUAGAGCUUGCAUGUACACUGUCCCAAAGCACAUAGUGUACUCAAAGUUGGUCUUCGAAUCAAAAGAGGCUUACUAUAAACACAUUGGACAUCGAGAAGAUGAUGGGAAGAUUGAGAAUGUUAAGGAUUAUUUGAAACGGUUAGAAUCUUACAUGAAACUGUAUGGGGCUCUGGUUCAGACAGAAGUGCAGGGUUUCCAGAACAUUCAUGGUCCUAAAGAAGGUUGGGCAUGGCUUGCGAGGUCGCAUGGAAAUGAGAUUGGUGUUCUAUUCUGUUACAUGGAUGCAUUUUAUGAUCCAAAUACAGCUCAAGGUAACUGUAACAGACAUGAAUAA